CGGAGCGACGAAAGGGCGGAAGCGCAGCGGAGCGGGGCAGCAAGGCCACGCGGCCACGGACAAGACCCCGGCGCGGAGGGAAGGCGGCGGCAAAGGAGGCGACCCGCCGCGCGGGGAAGGGAGCGCCGAGGAGGCCCGCGCGGCGCGGCCGCCGCGGGGGCGGCACCGACGACACGGGCCCGGGGGGCCAGGGGCCCCGACGGCGGGGCGGCAAGCGGGCGGCGGGCGCGCGCGGCGCGGCGAGCCCGGAGGCGGACGGAGAGGCGGGCAGGCAGAAGCCAGCGCACGGGAGCGGCGCGCCACGGGCGGGGCAACCAAGCGCGAGGACCAAGGGGGCGAAGCAACGGGGCCGCGCGGACGAGGGGGAAGGACGAGCGCGACGCCGCCAGCAGGAGGGGAAAACGAACCGGGCGCACGACGGGCGAAACCCAGCGCACGGGCCCGAGGGGGGGAACAAGCCAACACGGGGGAAGGCGGCGGCACAAGGAGAGGAAGAGCCGACAGCGAAGGAGCAAAAAGCAACGGCGCGAGGAACGCGGGGCGGCCACAAGCCAGGGAGCCCGGGGGAACGGGGCGGACACCGCGAGCGGCAAAGCCCGAAGGGCGAAAGGAGCGAGAGGCCACGCGGGCACGGGGCGGAGGCGGACGGGAAAGCAGAAGCAAACGAGCGGGACCCGGGGGGCCACACGAGAGGGCGGGGCGCGGGGAGCGCAGCGGAGGACACCGGCGGGAGCGGGGAACAGAGGGGCCGCCCCAGCCAAACGCCCCACCGGACAAGGGCGGCCGCCCGGAGCGACCGGCCGAGGCCGGCCGGGGGGCCAAAAGAAGGGGGCGGGCCCCGCCGCCGAGGCACGGAAGAAGGAAAAGAACGGGAAAAGGAGGGGGAGGGCAAGGGCGCCCGGGGGCGCCCACGGAGCCGACACCGCGCAAGGCAGGGCACAAAGGCGGACGAGAGGCAAGCGCAACAGGGGCGGCGGGCCCCGCGGAGGCCGCCAAGCCCGGGCCCGGGGCGGGGGGCGCGGGAGAGGAGACAGGGACAGGGGGAAGCGCGGGAAGCCAGGCAGGCGCGGCACGAAGGAGAGGACGAGGCAGGGGGCGACCGGAAGAGAGGCAGAGGGACGCCCGCCGGGGACCCGCGCGGGGGAAGGGCGGCACGGGGACAGGCAGAGCACGGGGCAGAAAGCACAGGGGGAGCAGCCGCAGGGACCAGCGCAAGGCGGGGGAAGGAAACAGGCGGAGGCCCCGGGCCGGACCAGGGCGGAGGCGACGGGGCGGAGCCGGCCGCAGGGGCACCGACGGAAACCGGGGGACGACGGCGCCGGCCGCGAAAGGAGAAGGGCAGGGGACGGCGCGCGACGGCGCGGGCGGCGGACCGGCCGCGGCGCCGCGAGCCGAACACGGCACCGGACCAGGCAAGCGGGAGGAGCGACGGGCGGGGGGGACAAAGGGCAGGGACGGAGGCAACGCGAGCGGAGGACGCGCGCGGACGAGGAAGGCCGCGGGGAAGACCAACAAGGGCAAGGAGCGAGCCCCAGCACGAGGAAAGGGCAAAGAGGACCCGGGCCGGGCGGCCAAGGCGAGAGACGCGGGGAAGACAGCAGGGGAGCGCGCGGGCGGCCCAGAACAGCGAAGGGCAGCACAGACCGGGGAGGGCCGCAAACGGCCGGGGCCGAAGCGGCCAGAGGCCCGCGAAGAAGCGAGCCACGAAGGAGCACCGCCGCGGAGCGAGGGCAGGCGGAGGGCGCGGGCGGGAACGGAAGGAACCAGACAAAGCGCGCCACCAACGAAGAACGGCCAGGCACCACCACCCAGAGAAGCAAGAAAGAGCGCGCAGGCGGGCAAGCCGGACGAGGGCGGGACCGGGGAAGGGGCCCCGGGGGAGGCAAAGGAAGCCGCAGGCGCCACGCCGGGGGGCCCGGCCGGCAAGGCCGGGAAGGGGCAGCCGGGCGACCAGACGCCCCCGGAACCCAAAGACGGGGAGGGCGCAGAAGGGGCCGGCGGAGGCCGAAAAGGAACAGCCGCCGAGCCCGGGCGGCAGCGGGGAGGGGGAGACGAGGACGGGAGCGGAGCGGCGGCGAGCCCCCAACGGGCGGGCGGGAGGAAGGAAAACAGCCGGGGCAAAGGCGGGCGCAGGGGGGCGGCGGGCAGAAAGCCAAGAAGGGCACCGCGGACGAGGAAAGACGAAGGCCCCCGACGGGCCCGGGGAAGCAGGACGCCGAGCCCGAAGGCCAACACAAGAGGACCGAAAGCCGAGGAGGGGAGCCCAGGCGAAGGGAGACAAGCGGAGGCCGGCGGGGAGCACGCGAAGGGCGGCAAAGGAACAGCGCCGGAGGAACGACCCGGGCAAGGAAGGCCAGGAGAGCGCGCCGGCAGGAGGGACGAGCAGACCGGGGCGCACCGGGAGGCGGACCGGACGACCCAACCCGAGGGCCAACGACGAGCGGGGAACGGCAACAACGGAAAGAGACGCGAGGGGAGCGGGAAGGACCGCGGCGGCGGGCACCAGACGGGCCCGCCAAGGGAGCCGCGGGAAGGGAGGGAGAGGGGACGCAGGCCAAGGACCAGACGCAGAGAGCCCGGGAGGGGAGGGAGGGCACGACCGCCCCGGGGCAGGAGGGGGAAGGGGCGCGCCGGCGGCCGGCCGGGGAGGGGGAGCCGGGGCGCAGGCGCCCGCGCCGGAAGCGAACCCGAAGGCGCCGGCACCCGGCACCACCAGAGGAGGCCACGAGCCGACCAGCGAAAGGGGAGAGGGCAGAAAGGGGAAGGAGGCGGCGCCGGCACAAAGGCCGGGCGAGCCGGCGAGGGAGCAGGAAGCAGCAGAGCAACGGGCAGAGCCCGCGGCGACCGGGGAGCGAAGAAAGGCAGCCCGGCCAGAAGGCGGGGGGGGGCACGGAGGAGCGCGAGAAGGACGACGGGGAGCCGAGGAGGAGAGACCAGCAAACAAACGAGAACGGAGGGAAGGAGCCAGGCGCAGGGGCACAGGCGGAAGGAGGGCAGACGGACACAGGCAGGGCGGAAGCGGGGAGACAAGCAGAGGACGACGGGCAGGAGCAACCAGGGAGCAGGCCGGCGGGACGGGGGCACCGGGGGCCGCGACGCACCGACCGAGCGGCGGAGAGAGCCCGACGCGGAGCGCAAGCGGCGGGCGGGGCGAGCACGGAAAGGCAGAGCAGCGACGAACGGGGGCCGAGAGCCCGCGCCCGCGAAACGGGCCGCAGCCGAGAGCACGAGCGAACGCCGGGGCACCAAGGCGGCCACGGAGGAGCGGGGGGCACGCGGGGGACACCGGCCACGAGGGACGGCCGACCCGGGGCCCCGCGGCACACGAGACGGAGGAGGGAGG